UGAAGAAGAGGACAAAUUAUCGCCAUGGAUGUGCAUGAUAAUGAACAGUGAAUUGGUUUUCAUGACAACGGUGUCUAGUGUACGUCAUUCAUUCCGUUUUUGUUAAGAAGAUGACUGAUGGUUAUAUUGCCUUAUAUUUCCACAUUCAUUCAUUCCCUACAGCGAUAGCACAUUAGCUGCAUUAUCUACCUUGAAAGAUGGAGAACUUAGUCGUUUCCGAAAUAUACAAUGCUACGCCAUCCUACACGGAAAAUAUAUCUGAAAUGCAAAACAUUGGCAAAUACGAACGAGUGAAGGAUAUUCUACUGACGUACAUAGUUCCUCUGAUUAUUAUCACAGGGUUAAUUGGGAAUACAAUUUGUUUUAUAGUAUUCGUUGCUUCAUCUUUGAAACGGAUCUCAACAAGCGUGUAUUUGGCGGCACUUGCUUUUUCAGAUACCGGAUUCCUUGUUUGCCUUGGAAUAGGAUGGCUAGAAUCCCUCGGAAUAAGAUUAUUUCACAAGGAAGGUAUUUGUCAAAUUACUGUCUAUUCGUCGUUUGUAUUCAGUUUUACCUCGAUCUGGUUUGUGAAUGCCUUUACGCUAGAAAUGUACAUAGCGGUGUUUCAUCCACAGAAAAGUUCGAAACUCUGCCUUCCUAGAAGUGCAAGAAAAUUUGUUGGCGCCUUAUCAGUUGUCGGGGGCUUGAUGUAUAUUCACGCUUUCGUUAUUGCCAAGGUUGUUAAAUAUCCCGGGACCAAUACAGAAGUGUGUCUUGUUAUGCCUAAGGAUGAGAAGACAGCUAUGAUCCUGUCCGUAAUUGAUACAGUUCUUACACUUGUUGUGCCUUUUACCAUGAUUUUAUUCAUGAUUACGCGUCUCUUCGUCCACAUAUCAAAGUUCUACAAGGUGGAAUUGGAGAGCUCUGUCAAUUCGACUGCAGGUGAGACAAACAGUGGGCAGUCGGAGAACCAACAAAACAGAAGUGAAAGUGCCACACAUCCUACUAUUAGACAAGCCACUGAAGCACAGACAAAACUUACACGGAUGCUUGUUGUCACGGUUGUAGUGUUUUUAGUAUUGAACCUGCCAAGUCAUGCGAUAAAAGUUCAAUUUCUUUUCCGAUCAAUGCUUUCAGAGAAUGUGCAAUUUACGGAGACGGAAGGAUUCAUACAGGUUAUAUUCCAGAUUUUGUAUUACGCGAACUUUUCAGUGAACUUCUUGCUGUACAGCGCAUGCGGACGGAGCUUCCGAAGCGCAAUGCUUCGAUUGUCACUGAACUUGCGAUACGGCUCGUGUCGAAAGAUAUUUGACUGUAAUCGUAAAAUUAAGAAGUUAGGUGGUCUAAACAAAAUGGCAACUAGCGAUAUAUCACACAAUGAGAUGGAAGACGUUCAACAACAUUCCCGGCUAGUUGAUAUACAUCUGAACGAAAUUCGCUUCUCACAGCUUCCGUCCAUAGGGAGUGAAUUUGUUUGCCAGUCACCGCCAUGUUUACUGGCGUUUGAAUCAGAGCAGUUGCUAGAAGAAGGACCGGGAAAAUGAAAUGAAUCAAAAAUACGUUUUCAUUGACUAAUAUAAAUGAACUAUGACUAAUAUAUAGGAAUAAGCGAUAACGAAUGGUACACAAUAUUACGCGCCAACUUCACAGACCUUAUUAGUGGUUACAUUCUGUAUCGAUUGCACAAAGAGUGUGACAAAUUGCACUAUUAUGUAUUGCUACGGAUAACAUACGUGCUGAUCACAUACAUAAAUUACCAAAGCCUCUUAGAUAUUUACAUAAAAGUCAAUCGGUAUAAAUGUACAGAAUCUAGAUACUCUGAAACGUUUUGAAAAGGCGCGGUUUUUGAGUUCUAACAAAAUGUAUUGGAAGUAUUCUAAAUAUAAUGUUUUAAUAACAAUGUGCUUUUAAACCUAUCCUGUAAAACUUUCUACAUUUAGUGUUAAGAACACUCAUGUGUGAAAAUAAGUAUGACUUAAUGUGAAAAACUGAAAAUCAUGUUUUUUUUUAUUUGUGAUAAAUUCUUUGCGAUUUGUGAGGUAAAAUAAUGGAAAUCUGACGGGCUGAAGAAAAACAACACUUUUUCUUUCACAGAUACAGAUUUUUUAAAUUGCGAUAAAAAGGUUGAUUUGUCAUACAUUACGAAAGAUUAGGAUCCUUCUUGUAAAAUAUUUUAAAAUAGUGCAAUUUUGACUCAUUCUAAAACAGACAACAAAACAUACUUAAGGAGAGUUCUUAUAUGACUUAAAUACAAAGUUGAUAAGCAUGAAUACAGGUUGCGUUGCAAAAACCUACUUCAAAGGCGUCAACAAUUACAAAAAAAAUCAACCUGUUUAAAGGGUUCUGAUGAUCUUUCCCGCAUAUCAGGUGAAAUCCAGAGAGUUAACAAAUUCAGCGUCAUUUUGUGAUUUUCAGUCUCCUGAAGAAUACUUAAACGUGAAAAUGAGUUUUUCUUCGUACAUCUUACACAAGCAAGAGUGACUUACUGUGCUAGGCCAUCAAACAAAACUUGAAUGAAACCUAUGAUUCAAAUUUUAACUAUGUUGUGUGCGUUUUCAAAGCGUUUCAGUGUACUUCUUUGCAUAAAUUGUCUUGCUAUAAUUACAACACAGUCAUUGAUUUCGAAAUAUUUUUGUUUAAGUCUAUGUUGUACAGCUUUAAUUUUUGUUGUUAAAAUAUCCUUGUUUCUGAACUGAAAAGGGGUUCUGAGAGGCCUCCAUGGCGGAGUGAUUAAGAUCGCCAACUUUGAAUCACGUGUCUCUCACCGAUUCGAGUCCGAAGCCUCGCUACACACGAGGAGGCCAUCCAGCAGGAAAGUCGGUGGCUCUGUCAUGGUGCUCGCCAAGGCCUGUAAUAAUACCUGGUGGGUCAUUACCUUGGAUCUUUCUCUACCAUCAAAAGCUGGAAAAGUCGCCGAUUGGCCUCAAUUGUGUUGGUAUGACUCUGAAUCUGACAAAACAUGUUUACAUAAAUUUUUGAGCGUGAAACAGUUUUCAAGAAUAGGAAUUUAGAAAAAUCUGGGGCGAUUUAUGUUGAACCUUUACCUAACCUGAGAGAGACGUGCUCGUAGUGUGCUAUUGGGGUUAGUCACUGUUAGU